UUGAAAAGUUGAAUGACUUCGUUGGUUAAGUGACAGAACACAUGCAUUUAAUAAUACAGCUACCUUGGUAACGUCAACUUGACGAAAAGGCGGAGCAGGUGAAAUCACACCUUGAAAGUUCGCAGAAAGAUAGGGACAGAAGCAAGAAACGCUGAAAAGACAGAUAGGCCUUUGCUGUACACCUGGCAUUCCUCUCCGAAUUUGUACAUUCUGCUGGUCUUGAUCUUCUCAGCGAUAGUUAGAUUUUCAAUUCGACAGCUCCGAUUGCGCCGUUGAUUAAAUGCACAAGUAAUGGCAACUAAAACCUUCGGUUCAGGACUAUUAAAUGGUGAUUUUAAUCCUAAAAAUAAAGAUGAACCAGGCGACGAUAAUCUAUGGUCUAGUAUAUUAGCUCAGGUGCAAAAUAGUAAUAGUAAUAAAUUGCCAUCAAACAAAAAUAUACUUGUGUUAGGUGAUAAUGAAAGUGGGAAGACUACGCUCAUUGCUAAACUACAGGGAGUUGAAGAUCCAAAGAAAGGAUCUGGUCUAGAAUAUGCUUAUAUUGAUGUUCGGGAUGAUGAUAGAGAUGAUCAAACAAGGUUAUCGGUAUGGAUUCUAGAUGGAGAUCCAGGACAUGCAAAUUUAUUAAAAUUUGCUUUGAACAAUGAAAGAUUUCCACAUACUCUUGUAGUGCUUGUUGCUGCAAUGACCACUCCUUGGGCAAUUUUGGAUCAGUUGCAAUUCUGGUCCAGGGUACUAGGAGAACAUAUUGAUAAGCUUUCAAGAGAAACUGACUCAUUCAAACAAAUGUGGCAGGACUGUAGGCAACAAAUUAUGAAGAAAUGGCAAGACUAUACUGAGCCUGGGGAUGAUUUAGAUCCAGGAAGUCCAAUGAGAAGAACAAGUCAUAAUCUAGAAGAAGAAGGUAUUGAUAACUUGCCCCUACCAGAUGGAGUUUUGACAACAAAUCUAGGACUUGAUAUUGUAGUUGUUAUAGCAAAAACAGAUUACAUGUCAACAUUAGAAAAGGAUUUUGAUUAUAGAGAUGAGCACUUUGACUUUAUGCAGCAAUGGAUAAGAAAAUUUUGCUUGCAAUAUGGUGCAGGUCUUUUUUAUACUUCUGUUAAAGAAGACAAGAAUUGCGAUUUAUUGUAUAAAUAUUUAACACAUAGAAUUUAUUCGUUACCUUUCAAAACUCCUGCUCUAGUUGUAGAAAAAGAUGCUGUUCUUAUCCCAGCUGGUUGGGAUAAUAUGAAAAAAAUUAGUAUCCUUUAUGAAAAUCUGCAGUCAAUGAAGCCUGAUGAUUAUUACAGAGAUGUAAUUGUUCAACCACCUUCUCAUAGAAAGGGUGUAACUAAACAAACAGAAGUUGUAGCUGAAGAUGAACAAGUUUUUUUGGCAAGGCAACAAGAAGCAUUAAUGGGCCUAAAAGACCCAGCAAACAGGUCACCAGCCACAAGGAAUCAGGCAAGCACGGGCCCAAUCAUACAGGUUGCGUCGCCGAACAAGAAGUUGGAUCCCAAAGGUACUGGUACAACGCCUUCAGGCGAAGGAGUGCUGGCGAACUUCUUCAACUCCUUACUGCACAAAAAGAUUGGAACUUCGCCUGGUGGACCAGGUUCCCCAGGUAGCGUGGGCGUAAGUCCUAUUAAAGCUGAUGCAGGAACUGUAGAUAAAAAUACGAUGCGUAACGAUGCUGCAGCUGAACUUGAUCGCAUCACGAAAACGAAAAAAAUCCCACCAAUAGAUCUGGACUCGUCGACUGAAUCUUGAAAGUUGGAUGAUUGAUUAACGCAUUUUCUACAAUGGAAGGCAGAAGAGACAAGUCAUACGAGACUGCUGUUUCAUCGUCUCUUUUUCAGUCAUGUCACAGUGUGAAUAAUAAAGCAUGUCGUUAAUUGUUAAGCGCAAUUUUCAAAAGCGGUUAUAAUUUAUAUGAAAAGAAAUCUAGUUAAUCUCUAGUACCAACUCGGAAGCUUCAAACGCAGUACAGUACUUAAAAAUCUCUUUAACAAAGUCAGAAUUUUCAAUUUUGCUUCUUUUUCUUAACAUACUUCGCGACUUGCUUGACAAUAAUCAUUCCUUUUAAAUGAGCCUAAGACAAAAGGUUGUAAAGCAAGUCAAACAGUGCCAGAAAAAUUAUGGGUCCGUCUCGACUCCCAUUGAACUUGCAUAAAUGCUCGAUGAGUGAUGUGUUUUUAAUAUCAAAUUUAUCUAUGGUAUUUUCAUUUAAGACUUAUAUUUCAUCGAACUCGUAAUUCUAUAUUGUGUUGAUGCUACAAAUGGUCCUUGUUGAAACUGAUACUUUUUAGCUUUCAAACAUUAAAUGCUUUGUUUAUAUGAAGGCGAGUUAUAUUUGCACAAAUAUUUAUAAUCAAAUUACUAUAAGGACUUCAUUUGUAAAUUAAAUUUAAUGUAAUUUUUUCAAUGCUUUUAUAGAUUAAAAUUUUACGAAAUUCUCAAAUGUAAAAAAAAACUGUAUUAUGAAUUGAACUAAAAUGAGAAUAAUUGAAACAAUCAUGUUAAAUAAGUGGAUUUGCAUGAAUUUUAGCGUAACUAAAUUUCGCAAUAGCAUCUUGUAGUUGUACAUCCAAAUGAUUCGAAUGACUGCCCUCUAACUGAAACGAUCAAAUAAAAUUUUAUUAAAAGUAUAACAAUAUUGAUCAUUUCAAAAAUACGAAAAUCUAUUGUGAUCGGUUACUUUUACAAAUUACUUCAAUUUUAUUAUAUUUUUCUUGAUAGGUAAAAACGUAUUCCAGUACAAUUAUGCAUGUCAAGCGGUCUUUGUAAAAACUAGAUUAUAUUCCAUUGGUUUUUAAAAAUCAUGUUUAUUCUAUGCAUCAAAAUAUGUAACUGAUAUACGAUGUGUUGCAUCAGAUAAAAUGCAAUGAAAGUCAU